AGUAAGGAAAAGCAUAAAUUAGUGUUAAUUACGGAAAAAUACAUGAAUUUUAUUCAAAAUAAUGGAAUGGACGUCAAAUCGUUGAAGGAAAAAAUAUUAGCUUGGGAUAUGAUAACACAAGAAUUUAAUAAUACGGCUUCUGAAAAUGGUAUUCGAUCUGUGGUGGAAAUAAAAUAUUUGUUUGAUUCUUUGAAAAAAGCUGCACGAAAAGUACUAAGAAGAAAGAAAGCUAAAGAUUGGAUUGCUAGUUCUCCAAUUCCAGAAAGUGCAGUUUUAAAUAAGGGUUCUUGCUGUAGUUUACGUAAAAGUUGGGCUAAUUUAAUAAGUACAUUCGAAAGGACAAGUGCAGAAAAGAAUCUUCGAAUAGAAAAAGAACCAUCUACAAAGAUUUUCGAUAUACCAGAUUCGCUAAAUAAUCAGAAGGCAAUAGCUUUAUGUGAAAAUUGCGAAGCGGAUUCAAAAAGUUCAACAAAACUGGAUACGCCAAAUCUUUCAUUUUCAAAAUCGCAACGAAAAAAUAUUGAUACAAAUAAUACAACAAUGGUUGAGUUGGAAAUUUUGCAGCUGCGUAAGGAUAUUGCUCGUUUUCAACGUGAUAAAGCAUUUUUUGAAACACAACGAGCCAUUCUAGAAUUGAAGGAGAAAAAAAUGGAUUUACGAAUUAAAGAAAUCAUGUUAAAUGGAAAAGUAUAACACAACUUUGUUUUUGAUGCUUUUAAGUAGAUGUUAUUUAUUUGUUUCGGAAAUGGUAACAAACUUUGAUUUUUAAAUACACCCUCCAGGCUUUGAGUAAUUUUUGUAUG